UCCUAUGUAUUUCAGAAACGUGAUUGUAGCCUUUUAGUUCUUCUACAGUGUUGCUAUUGGACUUUGUCUUCAGGCCACUCCACUUGAUCACAGGAAGCCUAAUCUUUUAUAUAUACUUACUAUCUUUUUGCAUCUCCAGCAGAUUUUGAUACCCCGUAUGGGAUGUUCCCAAUAGUUGUUCUUGAAUUUUGUCUUAUCUAAUCAUCUGUUUUGGUUACUCCAAUCUUGGUACUUAAAAUUCAGUACUAAAUUUCUUAUUAACUCCUUAUUGGUCCUCUUCUAACAGUUUUUUUGUGUGGAAUUAUUGGUAUGGGGUGACAUUGAUUUUGGUUUCUUGAGUAUUAGUACUUGUUUUCUUUACUUGGGUUUUGUCAAAAUAUGAUUUUUAUUUUGGGCAAGAUUGGAUUUUUUUGAUAUUCUGAGAUUUGGGUUGAAGAGCUGAAGUGAAGAUAUUUGUUGGGGAUUGUUUGGAUUUGUCCAAUUUUGUGAGAAUCUUGGUGAGUAUAAGUACUGGUUGGCUUUAGUUGGGUUUUGGCAAAAUAUGAUUUUUCACUUAGUCUGAUGGUUUUCUUGGGAAUAUGAUGAAAAAUUGGACUGAAUUUUGAGCAAGAUUAAAUUUUUAUGAUAUUCUGAGAUUUGGAUUCAAGAGCUGAAGUGAAGAUAUUUGGUUAGGGAUUGUUUGGUUUUGUCAAUCUUUUUAGGAUCUGUGGGAACUGAAAUGGAGAGCAAUUCUAACACUAUUGUCUGGUUUAGGAGGGAUUUGAGAAUUCAGGAUAAUCCAGCUUUAGCUGCUGCUGCUAGAAAUGGAAGUAUUUUACCAGUGUUUAUUUGGUGUCCUAAAAAAGAAGGGCAAUUUUAUCCAGGUAGAGUUUCAAGAUGGUGGCUGAAGCAAUCUCUAAUUCACUUGGAACAGUCUUUGAAAUCUCUUGGAGCUGAACUUUGCUGAUAAAAGCUCAGAGUACACUGUCUGCUCUCUUGGAGUGUGUCGAUGCUGUUGGAGCAACAAAAGUUAUGUGCAAUCAUCUAUAUGAUCCUGUUGCACUUGUUCGUGACCACAAUAUCAAGCAAAAGCUGGGAGAACUUGGCAUAUCUGUUCAGAGCUACAAUGGGGACUUACUGAAUGAACCAUGGGAAGUCUAUGAUGAUGAUGGACAAGUUUUUACAACAUUCAAUGCAUACUGGGAGAAGUCUUUGCUUAUGCAAAACAAUCCUGUUUCACACCUUCCUCCUUCGAGAUUAAUUCAAGCCGCAGGAUCAGUUAAAAUGUGUUCGAUUGAGGAACUGGGACUGGAAAACAGCUCUGUUGCAGUGUGAAAAAGUGCAUUAACUUCAGUCUUUUUAAUUUGGAGCUGUGGACUGUUUCAUAGGAAGCUUUCACUAAAACGUUUUCAUCUUUCUGCCUUUUGCAAACCUAUUUUUAGUACCUAUAUUCUUUGUCAUUUUCCUGAAGGUAAUUUUAUGUAGAGUUUUUGGACUCGGAGAAUCCAAAAAUGCUUUGAUAGAACAAAGAAAACACCUGCCGCUGUUAAGUCGUAAAUGUAUUCAGAACUUAAAAAGUAUAGUAUAAUACUGAUUUUUUCUAUUGACACUUUUGUAAUGUUAGAUUUUCUGGAAUCCUUUCAUACCUAAAGGAUUCCUUUUUUCCUAUGCUUUCUUCAGUACCAG